AAAAAAGCAAAAACCUCUAUACAUAAAGAGUAAAAAUGAGGGUCCCUAUAUUUGAGGAUGUAAAAGAUGAAAUGGAAGAGGGAAAAACAGAGGAAGAAGAAGUUGAAGAUGACACGGUAUUUUUUAAGCCUGUUAUUGAAGACCUAAGGAUGGAAUUGGCCAGAAAAUGCACCAAACUCAUUAGUGAUAUUCAUUAUAAAGAAGAGUAUAAAAAGUCUAAGGACAAGUGUACAUUUGUGACUGACACUCCCAUGCUAAACCAUGUAAAAAAUAUCGGCGCUUUUAUUUCUGAGGCAAAAUACAAAGGCACCAUUAAAGCGAACCUCUCCAAUUCUCUUUAUAAGCAGAUGCCAGCCACAAUCGAUAGUGUUUUUGCAAGAGAAGUUACGCAGCUUCAGAGUGAGGUUGCCUAUAAGCAGAAACACGAUGCUGCCAAAGGAUUCUCAGAUUAUGCCCAUAUGAAGGAGCCACCUGACAUCAAACAUGCCAUGGAAGUCAAUAAACACCAGAGUAAUAUUUCUUAUAGAAAAGAUGUGCAGGACACCCACAUGUACAGUGCGGAUCUCAACAGACCAGACAUCAAGAUGGCAACACAGAUCUCCAAGAUCAUAAGCAAUGCAGAAUACAAGAAAGGGCAAGGAGUAAUGAAUAAAGAGCCUGCUGUAAUUGGAAGACCAGAUUUCGAACAUGCUGUGGAAGCUUCUAAACUUUCUAGUCAAAUUAAAUACAAAGAAAAAUUUGAUAAUGAAAUGAAGGAUAAGAAACAUCAUUACAAUCCUCUUGAAAAUGCUUCUUUUAGGCAAAGUCAGCUUGCCACCGCACUGGUGAGCGAUGUGAAGUACAAGAAAGACAUUCAAAGUAUGCACGAGCCAGUCUCAGAUCUCCCAAACCUGUUUUUAGACCAUGCUUUGAAAACCAGCAAAAUGCUCAGCCGACGAGAGUAUAGAAAGUUUUUUGAGGAAAACAAAGGAAUGUAUCAUUUCGACGCAGAUGCUCCUGAACACCUGCACCAUAAAGGCAAUGCCACGCUCCAGAGUCAGGUUAAAUACAAAGAAGAGUAUGAGAAAAAUAAGGGAAAAUCAAUGCUUGAAUUUGUUGAGACACCCUCAUAUCAAGCUUCAAAGGAGGCUCAGAAGAUGCAGAGUGAGAAAGUUUACAGAGAGGAUUUUGAGAAGGAGAUUAAAGGAAGGUCAUCACUGGAUUUAGACAAGACUCCAGAAUUUUUACAUGUAAAGUACAUCACCAACCUUCUGAAAGAGAAGGAAUAUAAGAAAGAUUUGGAAAAUGAAAUAAAAGGCAAAGGAAUGGAACUUAACUCAGACGUUCUUGAUAUUCAAAGAGCAAAACGUGCAUCCGAAAUGGCUAGUGAGAAAGAAUACAAGAAAGACCUGGAGUCAAAAAUUAAAGGGAAGGGGAUGCAAGUUGGCACUGACACCCUUGAAAUACAACAUGCUAAAAAAGCUUCAGAGAUAGCUAGUCAGAAAGGCUAUAAGAGAGAUCUGGAGACUGAAAUAAAAGGGAAGGGCAUGCAGGUGGGUCCAGACACUCCUGAUAUCCAGAGAGCCAAGAAAGCAUCGGAAAUGGCCAGCCAGAAAGAAUACAAGAAAGACUUGGAAAAUGAAAUUAAGGGGAAAGGAAUGCAAGUGAGCAUGGACAUCCCGGACAUACUGCAAGCCAAGAGGGCAUCGGAGCUCUAUAGCCAGAAAAAGUAUAAAGACGAAGCAGAAAAGAUGCUUUCUAACUAUAGUUCUGUGGCAGAUACUCCUGAAAUUCAGAGAAUCAAGACAACUCAACAAAACAUUAGUGCGGUAUUUUAUAAGGAAGAAGUAGGAGCUGGCACGGCAGUAAAAUAUACUCCAGAGACUGAACGAGCAAAGAAAAAUCAGCAGAAUAUUAGUCUAGUAAAAUACAAAGAAGAGAUGAAUCAGGCAACGGCCAUUUCCGAUCCUCCAGAGCUAAAGAGAGCUAAAGAAAACCAGAAGAACAUCAGCAAUCUCCAGUACAAAGAGCAGUGCCACAAAGCCACGCCGGUGAGCGUCACACCGGAGAUGGAGAGGGUGAGGAGAAACCAGGAGCAACUGAGUAUGGUAAAAUACAAAGGAGAAAUUAAACAGGCAACGGCCAUUUCUGAUCCACCAGAGCUGAAGAGAGCUAAGGAAAACCAGAAGAACAUCAGCAAUGUUUAUUAUAAAGGUCAACUGGGAAGAGCUACAGCUUUAAGUGUAACUCCUGAAAUGGAAAGAGUUAAGAAGAACCAAGAAAAUAUUAGUUCGGUAAAAUAUACCCAGGACCAUAAACAGAUGAAAGGUAGACCAAGUCUGAUUUUAGAUACACCUGGUCUGAGAUAUGUCAAAGAAGCACAAAAUCAUAUUUCAAUGGUAAAAUAUCAUGAAGAUUUUGAAAAGACAAAGGGAAGGGGCUUUACUCCUGUUGUAGAUGACCCCGUGACAGAGCGAGUGAGGAAGAACACCCAAGUGGUCAGCGAUGCGGCCUACAAAGGAGUCCAUCCUCACAUCGUGGAGAUGGACAGGAGACCUGGAAUCAUUGUCGACCUCAAAGUUUGGCGUACAGAUCCUGGCUCCAUCUUCGACCUUGAUCCCCUGGAAGACAAUAUUCAGUCUAGAAGUCUCCAUAUGCUCUCUGAGAAGGCGAAUCACUAUAGGAGACACCGUUCUCGAUCUCACUCGAGCAGUACUUUUGGUACAGGUCUGGGAGAUGACAAAUCAGAAAUAUCCGAGAUUUACCCUAGCUUUUCAUGCUGCAGUGAGGUAACCAGACGGUCGGAUGAAGGAGCGCCAGUUCUUCCCGGAGCCUACCAGCAAAGCCAUUCCCAAGGCUAUGGGUACAUGCACCAGACCAGCCUCUCAUCCAUGAGGUCAAUGCAGCACUCACCAAAUCUAAGGACCUACCGAGCCAUGUAUGAUUACAGUGCCCAGGACGAAGACGAGGUCUCCUUCAGGGACGGUGACUACAUCGUCAACGUGCAGCCCAUUGACGACGGCUGGAUGUACGGCACGGUGCAGAGAACUGGGAAAACAGGGAUGCUCCCAGCCAAUUACAUUGAGUUUGUCAAUUAAUUAUUUCUCCUUGUCUUUGAGCUUUAUUCUAAUGUAUACUAAACCCAAUCUUUUUAAAAGAUAGAAGAUACUUUUAAGACAACUUGGCAGUUAUUUUACAAUAAUCUGUCUUUACUUGGACAAUGAGACACACAGGUACCAGGAAGAAGGAAUGACUUCCGGGCUCAGGACAGCUACAUUUUCAGUGGUUCCUGUGCACAAAAUCUGUAGGUCUGGAGGCCCGGUGCUGCUAAUUGGGUUAAUGGUUUCUUUUGAUUGGCUAUCAAACACUUCUGGGAAAUGUAUUUUUGUAGACUUUAAUAGAGAUGUUGAUCGUCCCUUAAAUGUAACAAGUCUAUGAAACUUCUUAGCUGUCACUUUGGAAUCACCAGAAGCCAAUUCUCUUAAUUCCUGAACACAGCCAAUAAUUUAAAGACCAUUUAGCUUUUGAGUCAUUAGGGAAUUUCCAAUUCAAGUGAUAAUUGCCUAAUGUAAUAAAUGUCAGAAAUGGCAGAAUGACAGUUUGGUUAAAAUUACAUUGACUGGUGGCCUUCAGGACCUAGAAACUUCUCCCGAACAAAGACAUUUCCUUGUUCCCUAGGCUGACUUGGGUCUCUUUAUUUCUCAUUGGUACCAAGGUGUAUCCUACUGUCCAUUUACAUUCUGUGGGCCCAAGUCUACGCUUGAUUCCAUAGAAUGUCAGGACCAAAUAACGUCACAGCUACUCUGCAAAGGGCAAAGUUUAAGGUCAUCUCUAUUAUUUCCCUAAGCGCUUUUACCCUGUUGCAUGUCACGUAGGUUCAAGCUUCUGCACCAUAGGAAGCCGCACUGCCUAUUAUUAAAGCAAAACGUGCGGCUGAUAAGCUAAUGGCCCUUCCCUCUAGUCGCCAGCUCAUCAGAAAAACAUACUUGGAAAAGUUGCUUGAGAUUCUCCUGCUGCCUUGCACUCUAGUUGUGAAGGAUUUACACCUUUAGGAAAUAGAUGUCUACUCUAGCAAAUAA